GAGAUGGCGGCUGCCGUGCCCGGCGCCUCCCGGGCCCGCGCGGCCGCCGCGCCGCUGCUGCUGCUGCUGCUGGGCUGCUGCGGCGCAGCGCUGGCCGGCGGCCCCCAGGAUCGAGCAGAGCAGUUUUUUAGAAGUGGACAUACAAAUAACUGGGCAGUUUUGGUGUGUACAUCUCGAUUCUGGUUUAAUUAUCGUCAUGUGGCAAAUACUCUCUCAGUGUACAGAAGUGUCAAGAGACUGGGAAUUCCUGAUAGUCACAUUGUCUUGAUGCUGGCAGAUGAUAUGGCAUGUAAUCCCAGAAAUCCCAAACCUGCUACUGUGUUUAGUCAUAAAAACAUGGAGCUAAAUGUCUAUGGAGAUGAUGUCGAAGUGGAUUACAGAAGCUAUGAGGUUACUGUUGAAAAUUUCUUGCGUGUUUUAACGGGAAGAAUCCCACCAAGCACACCGCGAUCUAAACGUCUUCUUUCUGAUGACAGAAGCAAUAUUCUAAUAUAUAUGACAGGUCAUGGUGGAAAUGGUUUCCUAAAAUUUCAAGAUUCUGAAGAAAUCACAAAUGUAGAACUUGCUGAUGCCUUUGAACAAAUGUGGCAGAAAAGGAGGUACAAUGAAUUGUUGUUUAUUAUUGAUACUUGUCAAGGAGCAUCCAUGUAUGAACGAUUUUAUUCACCCAACAUAAUGGCCUUGGCUAGCAGCCAAGUAGGAGAAGAUUCUUUAUCACAUCAGCCUGACCUGGGGAUUGGCGUUCAUCUCAUGGACAGAUACACGUUCUAUGUGUUAGAGUUCUUGGAAGAAAUUCAUCCAGCCAGCCAGACAAAUAUGAAUGACCUAUUUCAGGUCUGUCCAAAAAGCUUGUGUGUUUCCACCCCUGGGCACCGAACAGACCUGUUCCAGCGAGCCCCUCAGAAUGUUCUGAUAACAGAUUUCUUCGGCAGCGUCAGGAAGGUGGAGAUCACCACGGAGAUACUUUCCUUGGACCGGGACGUGGCUGGAUUUGAAAGCAAGUUUCCAGAGGAGGAGUUGGCAACAGAGCCACUAAAAUAUGCUGAACAACUUCCUGUAGCUCAGAUAAUACACCAGAAACCAAAACAAAAAGAUUGGCAUCCUCCUGGGGGGUUUAUUUUAGGACUCUGGGCAUUGAUCAUCAUGGUUUUCUUCAAAACAUAUGGAAUCAAGCACAUGAAACAUGUCUUCUGAACUGGAACAAACAAGCUACUUGCAUUGGCUGCUACUUUGGAUUCAUGGGUAUCACCUGUGUUCUCUGCAUGUGGAUUAUGGUUGUGUUGAAACACUGUAUUGACAUCCCACUUCUAAAGGUUCUUUUGAAGCCAUCUCUUGUGCCACUUUUUCUGGAAAGAUUCUAACAAGUGGUUUUAAUGUUACUGUUAGUUCACUUUGUCUUGAUUUGAACAUAUUUUAAUGCUUUUCUGAGCAUUUUUUUCUUUCUGGUUAAACUUUAAAAAGGGUGGGACCUAAACCAAAUAACAGGAUUUCUAUGUUUUUUUCUAGAUUCUAAAAUUCUUUCCACUGUACUUUAAAGUAAAUCUUAGAAGUCACCCAUUACUGAAGAACUGGACAUUGUGGAGAAUGCUAUUUAAGAUGUCAUUUUGUCUAUAAAAACUUAAUCCACUUUGCAGACUUUGGCAUGGCAUAUUGAAAUCUUUCUUCACAAAAAUAAAAAUACUCUGGAAUAUA